GAGCAGGGCAGGGCAGGGGCUGCUUGGCCGUAUCGGCGUCUCGUCCACUGACAGCGCUGAAUGCAUGCUGCCGGGUCUGGGAUGUAGCGCAGGGCACCCUCAAUCACGGACACAGUGUGAUCUACAUACCGCUAUCAUAUAUCAAUUCUUCUUUAACUUCUCGGUGUGACGUUCCUACCACUUGCACAACGCCCACUCCCACCCCCACUUUCCUCACUCUUUUCCUCCAAUCCUUCCUCUCGUGCUACUUUUGUGUGUGUUUCGCGGUUGUGAAUGAUCUGAGCACUGGAGUUUGUGCGAGAUUUGGAAGAGAUACUGUCCAAGAGCUCGAAGAGUCGGCUGUCGGUGUGCGGUGUAACAUGGAAGCAGGUUUAUGAAUGUAGGUGUGUAAGUUAUCAAUAUGGUUUACAGCACAUUGUAAUCAACCGAUGCGCGUUGGCUUGGUCGGGGUGUCAGAACGCUUGGCUGAUCCGACUCGCUGCGCACGCAGGUGCAGUGUUGCAUUCGCCCCGAUCGACCUGUUCUUGCUGCAAGGCGGUAAAGUGUCUGAGGAUUGACAGUGGAGUGCUUUCCAGUUUUAGGGUUUUGUAGUUCGCAGUAGUUCCUGCGUAAGCAAGGACAAUGCCUCUGUUUAUGACGGACUCGGAGCUGGAGGCAGAAGGUGGAAACGUAGAUGCGAUCGUGGCGAAGGCCGAUGCAUUCAUUCGAGUCUUACAACAACAAUUAGAGACGCACAAACAGGCGUGCGCCGAUGUUGAGGAAAUGUUCCUUACGGCCGAGAAGAAUGCUAGAGACGCCGCGCAGGCUUUGCAGGAGUCAAAGGAACAGAAACUCGAUUUAGAAGCGAAGCUGAAGUUCAGUCGUAAGCUGAAUUCCGUCAAGAAAGCUCAUGGUGCGAGGGAAGACCAGCCUGGAGCUAAAAUUGCUCCGGAAGCGGUUACAAAGGAAAAGGUACAGAAAGUGCCUGUGAAGACCAAGCAUAUAGUGGUAAAAGCCAAAGAGGGUGGAGUGUUCAAUUCUCUUGUUGAAGAUGCAAGCACAGGACCGAUAGAGACAUGUGCAGCUUCAAUAGAUGCCUCUCCAGCCCAAGCUUCUGGGCUUUUCCAGAAAACGAGCGACAGUGCUCUCACUCAAAACUGUUGUACUGAAAGUGAGGCGGACCAGAGAAUGAUUCAUCCAGCUCAGAAAUCCUUGCCGUCGGAAGUUACUGUGACGGCCACACCACGUGGACUCAGAGCCAUCUCUUUAGAACUGUCCAAGGAGGAUCAAGAUGCCCUUGAGACCUUGGACAAGGAGGACGCAAAGUUGGGAGAAGAGAUUGCUGCAGUUAAGAGCAAAGGCGGGACCACUUCCGGGUUCAGCUUCAAGAGCCACGAGCGAGCCGAGAAGCGGCGUGAGUUCUAUUCCAAACUAGAGGAGAAGAUGCGAGCUAAGGAAGAAGAGAAGCACCAAAUCGAGGCCAAAACUCAAGAGGAGGUGGAGAAUAAGGUGAAGGAGCUGAGAAAGGGAUUGAAGUUCAAAGCCACGCCCUUACCAAGCUUCUACCAAGAAUCAGGCCCUCCGAAAGUAGAAAUGAAGAAGAUCCCACCAACCCGAGCAAGGUCCCCCAAGCUCACCACCUCACGACGAGCUACUCAUCGAGGAGGAGGAAUAGAGCACGAUCGAUCAAAAUCCCCGGUUGCAACAAUGAGGACUACAGACCACCCCAAGGACGACUCCAAGAAUGGACUCAAGGAUGAGACGAGGAAGUCGCUUCCACGGCGUCCAAAAACCAGUGCCUCGUUAGAUAGACGUGCAAGUCUCGGCUUGGGGAUUGGCGGUGCAACCAGCAAAGACCAACCCGUGAACGCAGUGGCACCAGAAACGGCUGUUGCAUUCUGAAACGAGCUGCUGUAACUUGUCGAUGUUCCGAACACGUCGAUUCUAGCAAAUCCAGAAAACUGUUUUUUUGAAACUUCUUGGUAUACAUAGGCCUUCAGAUGUUCCAAACGCAGUAAUAGCUGCCCAGAUGGGUUUCAACACUCAAUAUUGCUGCUGAGAGUAGGCCAGUUGACACGAGAUGGACCUAUCCUGUCAACGAUGCGGGUCCCAGCAUCAGUGCCUUAUUCUACAUAUCUAGUGCCGCGUUGGCAGUUGGUCAGGGACGUUUUGGAAAACUGUAGGUAACUAACCGUCUGUGCCUCUGUCAUGGAUUUUGUCUCGCCACUUCGCAGAUUGUGUGUGUGCGUCAGGUUGGAAGUGUAUCGAACCAUGAAUCCCCUGGCAGUGAAACUUGAGCCCAAUGACGAGUGCAAAAGAUUGCAGGAUGAGUGACAGUAUCUAGAGUAAUUUUUCUGCAUCAACGUGAGACAUUCAAUACGAAGUUGGGCAUUUCUAGUAUAACCAUCGUCGUUUCAGAUAUCGUUGCGUUACUCGUGACGUUGCCCACUGCACAACUCAACUAUGCUUUCUUCUGUCAGAAUGUAUGUAUUUUUGUACGAGGAAACAUACGGGUAUAGUCAAAUCUCUGAAGAAUUUCGCUUUUUGUUC